AUGGCCACCCCACGCCGAAAAAGAAAGGGAUGCGGAGCUGGCGACUGGACGCGGACUUCCAUUUUAUGGCUUCACUUUUGGCUGUUGCCAGCCUGUCACCUCGACUUCGCAGAUGAGGAGACCGGCCACAGCUUCCUUGCGCGCUGCGCGGCUUCACCCUUGCUGUCAGCCGCGGAGGCCGGGGGUGCUGGCCGGAAGUUGCCAAAGACAUCGGAGCUGGAGAGAUGCCUCGCCACCAGCUCUGAACUCUUGGACGGCGUGCUGCGCAACAUCCGCUGCGCACGCUGCCAGCAAUGCCCUGAAGGCUGUGUGGUGGUCUUGCUACUUCAGGCUUUAGCCUUUCCAGCCGACUUUGAAGAGGUCACCAGCUGCUCCUUCUCCCUGCUGUUCUACUUCCGCGCCUAUCAGCUCUUCCAGGAUUUUGAUCCACAUUGGACGCGGGCGCUUCUAGAGAACCUGCCGGCCCUGGUGAAUGCCCGGCGCGGCCAAUGUGCUGCAGCCCGACGCCAGGAACUGCAGGAGGUGCGUCUUCCACCGCAAGAGGCGAGGCUGUGGCAAUGGUACUACGGUGGAUGGACGAGAAGCGACCUGGCAGAGGAUCUAUCGUCAACAAGCAGGAGUGGAAGCACACAAGUUGCAACCUGGGAGUCGCAGGUGCAAGAGGAGAACUUCGCGAGGACCUUCUCGCGCAGCAGCGAGAAAGGACGGGAUCCUCAGAAGAAGAAUGAAAGCGUGGAGCUGCUGAAGAGGGGCCCAUGGGGCUAG